GUGGCUUUCAGACACUCUUCUGACACUCAUAACGAUUGCAUAAGGCACAAGCACAAAGGAAUUUUCACUACUACUGAGUAUAGAGCCACUAAAGUCAUCUCAAGACUAAAGCUUUAAGUGCUGAUGAUGAUUUUCACAAAUCUGCUGAUCAAGAUAUUGAGCCAUCUAUAUCUUAUAAUGAUCCUCAUGGCAAGUCAGACUCUGGCCUUUAUGCCUUUGUUGUCGAAAUCCAGGACGCAUAAGGACAUAACUCGUGAUGCAAUUUUACAGACAACGGCCGAUAUCUGCAAAUCGCGAGCACUCCAGGAGGGACGAAAUUUCGUUCUGCCAGGUGCACUGACAGUAAAGUCAGUGGCAGGAAGUUGUUACUCAUCUGAUUCAGCCAAAGAUUUUCAAAGCAGCCUUGAUGAGAUAAUAAUGUACAAUGCCUGGGUGGACAUUAGGCAUCCUUUUACUGCAAGUUACCAUUUUGACAAUGAGGAGUUUUUGUCUGGACGGGAUCUUAUUACUAAAGGAGUUUCUGCUGUCAAAGACAGUGUCAAGCAGCAGAGCUAUCAAGCUGCCCGAGAGGCACUUGGUAAAAUCCUACACACUUUGCAGGAUUUCUACAGUCACAGUAACUGGAUUGAGCUGGGAAAGAGAGAACCCUAUUCCAACCUGAUUAAACCAGACACCCCAAUCAGCAACAUAGCAGAUUCAGAAACAUGCAGCAAAUGUGUUGAUGACGUCUGCGUAGGAAACAUCCUGCAGGAGGUCAUAACACAGCAGAAAUUAACAUCAGGGUACUUUGGCUUAUCCAAACCGAAAGGAAAGUGCAGUCAUGGAGGAAAUGCUGACCUAUCAAGUCAGGGACAAGGUGGCAUAAAUAAGGAUACUACAACCUCCAGCCAUGGUUAUCUACAUGAAGUGGCAGCAUCAGUGGCCACUGCUGCUACCAGAGAACUACUGCAGGACAUAAGAGCAGCAGUUGGAGAUUCUGAGUUUCUUAGAAUGCUGGGACUCAGCCAGACUUCAGUGCUGUGUUUUGUUAUCGACACCACUAGCAGCAUGUCCGAAGAUAUUGACGAAGUCAGGAGAGUUACUUCAUCUAUUGUUGACAGUAAAACAGGAACUGCAGCUCAAAGUUCAGAAUACAUCCUGGUGCCAUUUAAUGACCCUGAUUAUGGCCCACUUACCAGAACAACUGAUGCUAAUGUGUUUAAAGAGCAACUCAACGCACUUACAGCUGCUGGUGGGGGAGAUUCUGCUGAAAUGUGUCUCUCAGGACUCCAGCUCGCCCUCACUGGAUCUCCACCACAGACAAAGAUUUUUGUUUUCACCGAUGCUGAUGCAAAAGAUAAAGGGUUGAAAAAUACUGUGCGAGCACUGAUUGAGAGAACAAAGUCUGUAGUGACUUUCAUGCUAACUAACACCACUAGUUCUCGGCGUCGCAGAAGGAGUGUCGAGCGCGCAGAUGGCCAACAGCAAGUUUCCCCCCAGCUUUUCAAUUCACAGGUCUACCAGAACCUGGCCCAGGCCUCUGGGGGCCAUGCUAUUGAGGUCACCAAAGAAACACUGUCCCAAGCUAUGAACAUUAUUGCGGUUACCUCCAGAUCUACACUGGUCACUCUAUUCCAGGCUGUAAGAAACCCAGCAAAAGCUGAAAGCUUCUCAGUCUUUGUGGAUUCUUCUGUGCAAAACCUGACAAUUUACAUCACAGGCAACUCUCCAGAUUACACCAUUACUAGUCCAUCAGGAGUCUCACAGAGCAGCAGUGAACUGAAUGGGGCUCUGGGGCUUAUUCAGAGAGUUGGUAACUUUCAAACAGUGCAACCAAAUGUCGCAGAGCAAGCUGGACUGUGGCUCUUCAGUAUUAAAUCAACACAGCCCUAUAGCAUCAAAGUUGUUGGUCAAAGUGAGGUUGACUUCCUCUUUGACUUUGUAGAACCUUCACAAGGGCUUCAUGCAGGCUAUGCUGAAUUAAACAGCAGGCCUGCAGCAAACAACAACGUCACACUGUUGGUGACCAUGGUCGGUGCGGACAGCGUGAAGCCUACAGAGUUGUCUCUGGUCGAAGCCUCAAGUUCAAACUCUUUUAAUGGGAUACUAGAAGAGGUAGCAAGUGGGCAGUACUUAGUGACCUUCAACAGCAUCCCAGCAGGAGAGUUUACUGUUCGUGUGGUUGGACAGAUCAGUUCCUCUCGAUCCACAGAUUACAACUUUCAGAGACAGUCACCAACUCAAUUCCAAACAUCAAGUGUGAACAUUACUACACAACCUGUUGGAACAGUGGAACCAGGAAAACAACUCACUCUGCCUUUCACAGUGGCAACCAAGGGCUCUGGAGGAAGCUUUAAUAUCAGAGUCAGCAAUGAUCGCAAUUUUGACACUCUCUUUAACACAUCCUUAACUCUCGAGAGUGGGGGCAGUGCGAAUGGUACAGUAACUCUGACUGUUCCUGAAAAUACUUCCUCCGGAACUGACGUCACUGUGACAAUUGAAGCUGAAGCACCAGAUGGAAGCGACUUCAACUACGCUGUGCAGCGCAUUACUAUUGUUGCUCCGGUAAAAGAUAUUAUUCCUCCAGUAUGUGAGGCAGUUACCGUAAAUACUAACUGCUCAGACAACUGCAGUCUCUCCUCAUGGUACCUCACUGCCAACAUGACUGAUGGGUCAGGUAUUCAGAGUGUGAGAGUCCUCAAGGGCAAAGGAACACUCAGCACCACCAGCGUGCUCAAUGCCACAGGCGUGAAUGUCACUACGGCAGUCUACAGCUCAUCUUGCUGUUUCCGAGACUUGGAGCUGGUUGCUGUGGAUACAGUGGGAAAUGUUGCCACUUGCUUCAAAUCUACAGCUGCACCAAGCAUCCUCACUUAUGGUGCAGAAUUUUGCUUGUUUUUACCAGUCUGCCUUUGGCUUAAUAUAGGAGUCUCAAUUUACCGAUUCAUGCAGCUCUAAAAAAAAAAAUUAAAUGGAAUAAUAUCAGCAUAUUUAGCUCUGCAUAAUAUCUGUUCAGUAAUCCUUUAAUACAGAGUGAGUAGCGAAUAUAUGAAAUACAUUCUAACCAAGUCAGUAAGUAACUAGAAGGAAAUCUUACUUACCUACUAUACUCAGUGAUUUUCAACUCUAAAUGUAUUAGUGUUUUAUUGAGGGUCUGCUGUUAUUUAAUGUGAAUAAUUCAAUGUCAAUGCACAUGAAUAACUCUUAUGUUAAGCUAGUCAAUUAAAUACCUAUCAGAAGGCUUUUACAUGCAGAUUUGUUUUAAUCAAUAGUUUUGACACACUCAUGGGGGCAGUGGUGGUUUGACGGUUAAGGACUUGAGCAAGGCCCUUAACCCUAUCUGCUCCAGGGGCGCUGUAUCAUGGCUGACCCUGCACUCUGACCCCAGCUUCCUAAAAAGCUGGGAUAUGCAAAGAAAAGAAUUUUACUAUGCUGUAAUGUAUAUGUAACAAAUAAAGGCUUCUUCUUCUUCCCAUGCUGUAAAAGUUUAAAAUAUGAAUGCAUUUUUAAAUUACUAGGUAAUGUCAUGCAUAUGCAAAGUAAAAAAAAAAAAAAAAAAAAAAGCUUCUGAAGUUCUUCACUAUUACUGUGUAGUAUGUAUACAUGCAAUAUAGGCUUAUAAGGUUUUUAGUAUUAGUAUGCCAUUUAUCUAUACUUUGCAGUUGUAUAAGGGAGAAACAGUCUAUUUUGUUUCCAAAAUAUAAGUGCAAAGAGAUUUACAGAUAAUGACAAGGUCAUUUUAACCAUUUAUUCCAUUAUAUGGUUAAAAUGACUUUGUCAAAACUAUAUAUUGAUCACUGUCUAUAUUUUGAGAAACUUUUUACACUUUUUACAUAUUUUUGUACUGAAUUAUAGGUUAAAUCCCAGUGUUAAUUUAGGUAGAAGUAAGGAUAGUACAGCAGGAUUUAUACCUGAACUAAGAAUAUAUAAUCUUGGUUAGGAUUAUAAUAUUUUUUUUUUUCACUGAAAGCACUUCACUAAAUGACGGAUGCUUUAGAUUUUAUUUUUAUUGAGUUGCUCUGGUUUACAUCACCUACACUGAGUGUUUAUUAGGAAUUUGUUAGAAGAAAGAGAAAGUAAAGUGUGCGAUCCUGCAGGAUUAAACCGGCCAUUAUAAAGAACUACUACCAGUAAAGAGCCUCACACUUAUAAUAUAUUUAUAUUAACACAAUAUCAUGAUACAGAUCAUAUCACUGUAUGGGAAACAUUAAAGCACAGGGGGAAAACUCACUUGUGUUCAUGUAUACUCACUGUUCAGUGCGAGAGUUUUAUCAUACAGAAGAAAUUUUUAUUAAAGUCACCCGUCUGGAAAUGUUUAAACUGAGAUUUUUACAAAGUGCUUUUCAUGGUUUUAAACAGACUACAGAAAGCAGUUUCAUAGCAUGAGCUUGUCUACAGAAGAUGGAAAGUACUUGAUGAGGGAAAAUUUAAUGUUUACACUUUAUUAAUUCACAUUUUAUUGUUUACAUUUCAGAUGUCCUUUGAUCACUAUUACUCUGAUUUAAACAAUAUUAAUGUUAAUUUCUUUAAACCCUUGGAAGAAAUGUCACAAUGUCUCAUCAAACCAUUUCUGGGUACACAAUCAGACAAUAAGCUUCCCAGCCAACCAAUCAGCGUUCACCUGACGCAUAGCACCAAAGAUGCGCGCAAGACGUAACUCGAGGGUAAGUUAUAAAUUCCCCGCCUAAGAGAACUUUAAGAGUCUUACAUGCUUUAGCACCGGCUGAAGCUGAGAUACUCAGCAAAUAAUGUUUAAACUCUUGUUUAUAAACAAAAAAAGAGAGGUUGUUAUUUCAUUUGCUUUCAAGAAUGUGAAACUUUACAGCUAAAAUUAUGAAAAGAUUGAUCCAAAAUAAAUGUUAAACAUUUUCUAUAUCAGCAUCACAAAAUGAGCAACUGGUGUUCAUAUCUUUUUUAAAAUCUUUGCAUGAAAUGUUUAGCAUGAUUAAUUCUAUGUAGUAAUUUGUAAUUAAUUCCUCAAAUUUUAUUUGUAAUAAAAUAUUUUAAAGGAA